CUCUCCUGGUCUCCGCCUCCUCCCUUCCUGUUUCUCUCUCUCUCCCCCCCCUCUCACUUUGCCCUUCCCCUCCUCCCCUUCUCUUCCCUCGCCCACGCCCACCCUCCAGGGCCCACUCUUCCCCCUCUCAUCCAUUCUCUGGCCCCCGGCGAAAGGACACCCCAUCUCCCCUCUCCCACAUCCAAAUACCCCCACAAGCACACCCUGAUACCCAGACCGGCGCCGAUCUACCAUACGCAUAUCACCGCCAGCCGAACAGAUCCGCCGCCCCAAAGAAAAUGCACCCUGCCGAAGUUCCGGCCCCGGUUCUGUCGCCGCGAUUGGCGCUCAGUCUGGACAUCGGCCAUGGGACCUUGGUCUUUGGCAUCGUUCAACCGGCCUCCCUGCGCGAUCUACGAUCCCUCUCGAAAACCCGGCUCGGGCCGGAAGAUGGCCGUCCGAUUGACCACGCACCCGUGCUGGACCGGCUUCCCACCUUGUCCGAGAGCAUCGCCCUGCUGCCUGCAGACCUGUCGCUAUUCCCCAUUCGCCUGAUGGAUUCUCUUUCCUACACGCUCCGAGUGCUGGAGCGCCUGAUCACCGCAAUGACCGCGGUGACAGUAUCCGCCGCACUGGACGCCGGAGACGAGGAUUUCGACGAGGUCCCCGCCCCGGCUGAGGCAUCAUCCCCUCCGCAGGUGACCUACUCCUCCGGGCUUCUCUCCAGCCUGGUGGCGGAUUAUGGCCUGAGCAGUCUUCCCUUCUUGCAGGGCAUGUCGGCGGCUGCUCCGACCGGUGGCUUUGGCUCGGGCACACGCCAGCGGGCUUCCGGCGACGAGCCCUUCCUGGACCUGGCGUCCGGGGCUCGGGUUGGGUCGGCGACGGUGGCUGCGGCCGCCGCCGCGGCCGCCGCCUGCCCCUGGUGUGUGCGACUGAUUUCCAGCGGCAACGACCCGCUGGGCAAGCACAUGACCAUUCGCCUGGAGCCGGUGCACGCCGCCGCGUCGGUGUCCUGCACUUCCGAAGGGGCCAGCUCGCCGGGGAUCGACUUCAUGUUUGACAUUGCCUCUCAGCGUCUGCUGGCCAUCCAGCUCGUUGGCAUGGAUCCUCUCUUUGGCGAUCGGUCGUGCCAUGCUCCCCCGGGAUCUCCGCUCCGACCGGCGCUUUACCCCUCUUGGUUCCUCCUGCAGAUUCAAUGCCCGGACAUGUCGGGUCAGCUUGUUCUCUCUCCUGGGGAUCUGUUGACCAUCUGGCCCAGUGCCCGACAAAGCCCAGGCUCCCCUACCAACCCCGAGCACACUGGGCCCCUGAGCCCCGCCUCUCCCGGCAAGUCAGCCAAUGUGUCCGCAUGGAUUUCGGCCGAAUUCUCCUUCUCCGCCGAGCACCACCUGUCAGGGGUGGCCCUGUUCAGCUCGGAGUUCAUCAAUCUCAAGUCUGCCAUCGAGCGCCUGGCUCACUUCACCGAAUGCCCAUCUCAGGCGGUGCGGAAUCUGCUCGAGACCUUUCCUCUGGGGCAGCCCGGCCUGGCCGAGCGCAUCAGCCCAAUCGGCCUGAUGGCCCCCCUUGAGCCUGGCCAUGGGGGGCAGUCCCCAAACACGGGGAUGGACACACCUGGCUCCAUUGCCGCCGCUCGCCUCGCCGCCAGUCGCUCCGGCCCCAGCAGCCCCCAAUUCAGCUCGCAGCGCCUGCACCCGGGAUUCGCUCUUCCCGGCCUGACCGCCGAUCUCGGCCAGCCCCCUCCGCGGUAUCCGCUCUUCGUGGAUGCGCGCGACCGUUCGGCCAUCCAUCUGCACUGGUGGUCCCCUCGGUCAGCCUCUGAUGGUGGUGCAACUCAAAAGUUCCCCUCUGAAGCGGUGCCGCAUUCGACCCGGACCAUUUGGAUUGGCGCCCCUUUGCAGCUGAUUUUGGACACUCUCGGCACGCCGGACUGCGACCGACCGGUCGGCUCCUCCUUCGGCUCGUUCGUGGACAAUGCCGCCGAUGUGUCGGCCGCCUGGCAGUUGACUGGCUCUGAUGUCUCGGGCGGCGGGUCCUUCCAUCCUGCCAAUCCGGAGGGUGGCAUCCGCCCCGAAGGCAACCCGCGCCUGGCUUCGGCCGGUCUUGGACGCGUGAACAGUGCCGGCGGCCUGGGCUCCUCGGGUCCGUCGCCGGUCGCCGGUGCCGCCCAUGCCAAAACCGACCUCCCCGGGGACAUCCCACCCUGUGUGUCAGUGUCCCAGUCGGCUCGGCACCUGGCGGGUCAUGCGCCUGCCUCGCGCGUUCUCUCCUACUUCCGAUAUGGCUUGGAGUUUGGCACUUGGCCCUCGGCGCCGGAUACGGUUGGGUGGAUUCGCCUGCACACCGGCCUGGCAGUGUGGACACGGCAGGGCCCCGGCGCCCGGGGACCGAUCCCGGGGGCCAAUUUGGCCGCCUACGCCGCGGGACUCGACCUCUGGGCAGCCUCCCACCAUUACCACUACCCGCAUUUGCCGCGAGCUGGCGAGGCGGCGGCGACUGCUGCGGCGGCGGCGGCGGCGGCAGCGGCGGCGGUGGCCUCCGCGGCGGCUGUCGCCGCGACAGCUUCCACCGUCGGGCGGUCUCCCUCAUCAGCGCGAAACUCGGCCAGCUACUGGGCCCCCCCGCCGGGGUUGUUCGAGCCGUGCCUCUUCCGGUUGAAUCUGCACCAAUAUCAGACUGCCCCCCGGCCGGCGACUUUGGCCGGUUUGGCCGCCCCGCCACUCAGCACCGGGGAGCCUCCCAUCGCCUCCAGUGCCUCGGCUCCCCUGAUGGGCUUCCCCCUGCUGGACAUCGGAGAACCCGGCUCCAGGCCCGGGGGCAUCUCUUCGACGCCCCACAGUGGAUCGUCGACUCCGCCCUCGGUCGGCAGCGGCGGCGGCCCUGGAAGUCGGAGCUUCAGCGUGUCGCCGGUGUUCGGCGGCAUCCCCUUCGGAGGGGGCACCCCACCAGGGCCUGGUGUAGGUCCCGGCGGUGGCUCGCCCCUUCGACACCCCUCCCGGGACAUGGGAUCCCUGUCCCCGGGGUCGAUGCUGCCGGGGGCUGGUGGUCUGUCGCCCUCGCAACAGCUGGGGCGCCUCUUCGAGGCUGAGCUCACCGGCGGCCGUCGCUGGCGCGAUGUGUCCUUCGAGUUGGAUGGUGUGGCGCCGCUGGUCAUCGAAUCGGUGGAUGAGACGGAAAUGAGCAACUCGACAGAGCCACCGUCCAUGCCUCCCGCCGAGCCUGUCGUGUCGCCGCGGCUCUUCUCCAAGCCGGACAUCUGGCGCUACCAGCCGCCAGCCCAGGCGGUCGAUGUCCGGGCUGGCGGGGCCGGCCUGUCUUCCAUGCGCAUGGGGUCGAUCUCCGCAUGGUCAUCCACAUCGCCCCCGGCUCCGGGCCUCGGUCGGGCCCCGACCCCGGGGGACUCCUCGAUGGACAUGCGCCUCUUCAAUGUCGCGCCUGAUAGCCCGAGUGCCUCGCCGACUCUGCCACAGUCGACGCCGGCCCCGGUGCCGGUCGCCGGUCCGCCGGUGGUUGUGGCCCCACCGGCCGCGCCCCCGGGGCCGAGCCUGGCCGACCGAACCUUCCUGGCCAGCACGGCCGACAGCUUGGUCCUGGUGCACCAGGACCGCGUGGUCUAUGUGACUCUCUUUUGAGUGGGCGCCAUCGCGGCGCGCGCUCUUCCUCGCCCUUGCUGAGGCAGAAAAAAAAAACACCGACGCCCCGCACGAAGAGUGUGUGCGUGUGUGUGUGUGUGC